UUAUAACUCCUCCGCGGAAGCGCCCGGACUCAGAAGGUCCCCCGACGCCGAGGAUGCGGGUGAUGCGGCCCCCCACCCUCCUCCUGCUGCUCUCGGGGGCGCUGGUCCUGACCCCCAGCCGGGCCGCCCCGGCCCUGCCCCCCGUCCGCCCCCCAGGCCCCCACUCCCUGAGCUAUUUCUACACCUUCGUGUCCCGGCCCGGCCGCGGGGAGCCCCGCUUCCUCGCCGUCGGCUACGUGGACGACACGCAGUUCGUGCGGUUCGACAGCGACGCGGCGAGUGGGAGGAUGGAGCCGCGGGCGCCGUGGAUGCAGCAGCCGUGGGUGGAGCGGGAGGACCCGGGGUAUUGGGACCGGAACACGCAGAUCAACAAGGACCACGCACAGAAUUUCCGAGUGAACCUGCAGACCCUGCGCGGCUACUACAACCAGAGCGAGGACGGGUCUCACACCUUCCAGCUGAUGUAUGGCUGCGACAUGGGACCCGAGGGCCGCCUCCUCCGCGGGUACAUGCAAUACGCCUACGACGGCACCGACUACAUCGCCCUGAACGAGGACCUGACCUCCUGGACCGCGGCCGACAUGGCGGCUCAGAUGUCAAAGCGCAAGUUUGAGGCGGCGGGUGAGGCAGAGCGUUACAGGAGCUACCUGGAGGGCCUGUGUGUGAAGUGGCUCCUCAUUCACCUGGACAAAGGGAAGGAGACCCUGCUGCGUGCAGACCCUCCAAAGGCACACGUGACCCACCACCCCGUCUCCGACAGUGAGGUCACCCUGAGGUGCUGGGCGCUGGGCUUCUACCCUGCGGACAUCAGCCUGACCUGGCAGCGUGACGGGGAGGACCAGACCCAGGACAUGGAGCUGGUGGAGACCAGGCCUGCGGGGGACGGCACCUUCCAGAAGUGGGCGGCCGUGGGGGUGCCCCCUGGCGAGGAGCAGAGAUACACGUGCCAUGUGCAGCACGAGGGGCUGCGCGAGCCCCUGACCCUGAGAUGGGAGCCGCCUCCUCACACCUUCAUCUCCAUCAUCCUGGGCAUCGCUGGGGGCCUGGUUCUGCUGGGAGCUGUGGCUGGAGCUGUGAUGUGGGGGAGGAGGCGCUCAGGUGGAAAAGGAGGGAGCUACGCUCAGGCUGCCAGCAGUGACAGCGCCCAGGGCUCUGAUCUGAUGUGUCUCUCUCGGCUUCUAAAGCGUGAGGAGCUGCCCUGUGGGACUGAGUGAUGGAAGAUGUGUCCACGCUCCCACUUCCUGACUCAGGAACCUCUGAUGGGGGGGCUGGCCCCGCCCUGCUCCCCACACUUUCCUGUCAGCAGAGGUGGGCUGGGCCCUCACCGUCCCGGUCUUUACUUUCUCAUGCUCUGAGCGGCAAGCUGUUCCUUCUACAUUGAAAUGAGGUUCUGGAGGUGACUGUUCAUUUCUUGCCAUAAAGGUUGUUGGGUAAAUUAAAGGAGAACAUCCUACAUUUUGAGGCAAAUACAUAUAAACACCAAGAACUUUCCAGAGCUCAUGUGUUUGCUGUGCUGAGCUGUCCCAGGUGUGGACAGAUGAGGUUUUGAAGACGAGUGUGGUUGGGUCCUGUGCCCAGGGGGUGCUCAGUGCAUCGUGGGCUUUAACUCGGUCACUCCUCGGCCAGGUCACCUCUCUGCUCCUCUGACCUUGUCCCUCAGGGGAACCCUGUCCCACCAGGACCUGUGGUCACAGGGACUUCCAUCCCCCAGGCCUUGUCCCGGGUCCUAAUGCAGCGCCUCUCCAGGACCCUGGACAGCGAGCUUCCUGGGGCAGGUCAGCCUGGGCUCAGGCCUGGAUGGGGCCCAGCACCCAUCUCCUGGGUGUUGGUUGUUUCUUUGAUUUUGUAGAUAUUAUGUAGAUAUUAAAUAAUAUUAUGUAGAUA